AUGGCACACGGAACAAAACUCGUUAUUGACGCAAAGGACCAUAUCGUGGGAAGAUUAGCUGCAUAUGUAGCCAAAUCUCUGAGAGAGGGAUACAGUGUGGUUGUCGUAAGAUCAGAAGGUCUUAUUUUCUCAUCACCCAUUGAACGAAUGGUAAGUAUAUAUAAGGAUAAGAAGAGAAAGAGAUGCCUGGUAAACCCAAAGAAAGGACCAUUCCACUACAAGGAGCCAUCCAAGUGCUUCAAGAGAAUUGUUAGAGGAAUGCUUAAGUACAAGGGAGCACAGGGCGCAGCUGACUUCGCCAGAUUAAAGACAUACGACGGAAUUCCAAUGGAGUACGAACUACAGGAGAGAGUUAUAGUUCCACAGGUUCUUGCAGAGACCAAAUUGAACCCAUCCACAAAGACAUGCACUCUUGGAGAAAUCUGCGUACGUAUGGGAUGGACCAACGCAGGCAUUCUAGAGAAGUUUGAGAACGAGAGAAUAAAGAGAGUUUCUGUUGUUCAGAAAGAAAACGAAGAGAAGGAGCAGAAGAAACAAGAGCUUCUUGCUAGCGCCGCCUUCAAGAAGGAGCUAGACAGUGUUCUUGCAAGCCUUGAAUAA